GCAGCGGGUGGCUCCCAGCCUCCCCCGCCCCCUUCCCUCUGGGUCUGCUCUUCGCUCCGGCUCGCAUUUUAUCGCAGGCGGCCGGCGCAGCCCCCUCUCCCCAGCCCCGGCCCCGGCCCCCGGCCCCCGCCCACCCCCGGGGUGGAGGCAGCCGCGCCGAGCCGCCCGCGGGAAGAAGGCAGCGCUCCGCCGGGCUCCGCGCCGCUCCGCGCCCCUCCGCGGGGCCAUGCAGCGCCCCUGCCCCCCCGCUACGAGCGGUGCCCCCAGCCCCGCCGCCCCCCGCGCAGCCUGAGCGCCUCGCGGGGGCUCCGCGCCGCUCCGCGCCCCUCCGCGUCCCUCCGCGCCCGGCGGCGGGACGGGGCCGGCGGAGGCAGAGGCGGCACAGAAAAGCUCCGCGGCUUUGCGCGACUCCCCCCGCCCCCCUGCCCCGGCCAUGGGGAAGGGGCUGGAGGGGACGGCGGCCCGCUGCGGGCUGGGACUGGGAUACCUGCUGCAGACCGUGGUGCUCCCCGCCCUGGCCGUCCUGGGGGCCAGCCGCCCCGGCUCCGCGGCGCAAGAUGAUGAUUUUUUUCACGAGCUUCCAGAAACUUUUCCAUCUGAUCCUCCAGAGCCAUUGCCCCACUUCCUUAUCGAACCCGAAGAGGCUUACAUUGUGAAGAACAAGCCUGUGAAUCUGUACUGCAAAGCAAGCCCAGCCACGCAGAUCUAUUUUAAGUGCAACAGUGAAUGGGUUCAUCAGAAGGACCAUGUGGUGGACGAGAGAGUAGAUGAAACCUCUGGUCUGAUUGUCCGAGAGGUAAGCAUUGAGAUUUCCCGACAGCAAGUUGAGGAGCUCUUUGGGCCUGAAGAUUACUGGUGCCAGUGCGUUGCCUGGAGCUCUGCAGGCACCACCAAGAGCCGGAAAGCCUACGUCCGCAUUGCAUAUCUCCGGAAAACUUUUGAGCAGGAACCCUUGGGGAAAGAAGUGUCCCUGGAGCAAGAGGUCCUGCUCCAGUGCCGUCCUCCAGAAGGCAUCCCAGUAGCCGAGGUUGAGUGGCUGAAGAACGAAGAGGUGAUUGAUCCCGUGGAAGACCGAAAUUUUUACAUCACCAUCGAUCACAACCUGAUCAUCAAGCAAGCCCGGCUUUCUGACACGGCCAAUUACACUUGUGUCGCCAAAAACAUUGUGGCCAAAAGGAAAAGCACCACAGCGACUGUGAUUGUCUAUGUGAAUGGAGGCUGGUCUACCUGGACUGAGUGGUCAGUGUGUAACAGCCGAUGCGGGAGAGGCUUUCAGAAGCGUACGAGGACCUGCACCAAUCCUGCCCCACUCAACGGUGGUGCCUUCUGCGAGGGCCAGAGCGUUCAGAAAAUAGCUUGCACCACUCUGUGUCCAGUGGAUGGCAAGUGGACGUCCUGGAGCAAGUGGUCCACCUGUGGCACGGAGUGCACCCACUGGCGCCGGAGGGAGUGCACUGCCCCGGCGCCGAAGAACGGGGGAAAGGACUGCGAGGGGCUGGUACUGCAGUCCAAGAACUGCACCGAUGGGCUCUGCAUGCAGGGUUUCAUUUAUCCUAUUUCAACUGAACAGAGAACGCAGAAUGAAUAUGGAUUUUCUUCUGCUCCUGACUCGGAUGAUGUUGCUCUCUACGUCGGGAUCGUCAUAGCUGUGAUCGUGUGCCUGGCUAUUUCCGUGGUUGUGGCCCUGUUUGUCUAUCGCAAGAACCACCGUGACUUUGAGUCAGAUAUUAUUGACUCCUCAGCGCUAAAUGGGGGAUUUCAGCCUGUUAACAUCAAGGCUGCAAGGCAAGACCUCCUGGCAGUGCCACCAGACCUCACUUCAGCUGCAGCCAUGUACAGGGGUCCUGUUUAUGCCUUGCAUGAUGUCUCUGAUAAAAUCCCAAUGACCAAUUCUCCGAUCCUGGACCCACUGCCCAACCUGAAAAUCAAGGUUUAUAACACCUCUGGCGCAGUCACCCCCCAGGAUGACCUCUCUGACUUCUCCUCCAAGCUGUCCCCGCAGAUUACACAGUCUCUGCUGGAGAAUGAGACCCUGAACAUGAAAAACCAGAGCCUUGCUCGGCAAACAGACCCAUCGUGCACUGCAUUUGGGACCUUCAACUCUUUAGGAGGUCACCUAGUAAUUCCGAAUUCAGGAGUAAGCUUGCUGAUCCCAGCGGGGGCCGUUCCACAAGGGAGAGUCUAUGAAAUGUAUGUGACAGUUCACAGGAAGGAGAACAUGAGGCCGCCUGUAGAAGACAGCCAAACCCUGCUGACACCGGUGGUGAGCUGCGGCCCACCAGGAGCCCUGCUAACCCGGCCUGUCAUUUUAACCAUGCACCACUGCGCAGAACCGAACACGGAGGACUGGCAGAUCCAGCUGAAGCACCAGGCUGCCCAGGGGCCAUGGGAGGAUGUGGUUGUGGUCGGGGAGGAAAACUUCACCACUCCGUGCUACAUCCAGCUGGACCCAGAGGCCUGCCAUAUCCUGACAGAAACCCUCAGCACGUAUGCCUUGGUGGGACAGUCAAUCACCAAAGCAGCAGCCAAACGUCUCAAACUGGCCAUCUUUGGACCACUGUCCUGCUCUUCGCUGGAGUACAGCAUCCGGGUCUACUGCCUCGAUGACACGCAGGAUGCCCUUAAGGAGGUCCUCCAGCUCGAGCGGCAGAUGGGUGGGCAGCUUUUGGAGGAGCCCAAAGCUUUGCAUUUCAAGGGAAGCACCCACAACCUCCGCCUGUCCAUUCACGACAUUGCCCACUCUCUCUGGAAGAGCAAACUGCUGGCUAAAUACCAGGAAAUUCCAUUUUACCACAUCUGGAGUGGAUGCCAGAGGAGCCUGCACUGCACCUUCACGCUGGAAAGGUUCAGCCUGAAUACCCUGGAGCUGGUAUGCAAACUCUGCGUGCGGCAGGUUGAAGGAGAAGGGCAGAUCUUCCAGCUCAACUGCUCUGUCUCAGAGGAACCUACUGGCAUUGAUUAUCCUCCUAUGGACUCAGCAGGCACCAUCACCACCAUAGUAGGGCCCAGCGCUUUCAGCAUCCCCCUCCCAAUAAGGCAGAAGCUGUGCAGCAGCCUGGAUGCACCCCAGACCAGGGGCCAUGACUGGCGGAUGCUGGCCCACAAGCUCAAACUGGACAGGUACCUAAAUUAUUUUGCUACGAAAUCAAGUCCCACCGGGGUGAUCCUGGAUCUCUGGGAAGCCCAGAAUUUCCCUGAUGGCAACCUGAGCAUGCUGGCGGCGGUUCUUGAAGAAAUGGGAAGACACGAAACCAUUGUUUCUUUGGCAGCAGAAGGAAAUUACUGAUGCAGCCUUGGCGUGAACAGGAAGGACAGACGCAGGGAGCGGUAAUGCCCUGUUAUUACAAACGAGAAUUGAAACGAAAACCCAGACCAAUGAGUUAGUUACACAAGAGACAUUUCAGAGAAGAAAGCAAGCAAACAAACAACAACAACAAAAAAACCAGCCCUGACCUUCACACGUGCUCUCCUUGUACAUUAUCACAGGAUCUAAAAGAAAUCAUGCAAACUUGUACCUUGAAAAUAUAAAUCAACCUAAUGUUCCUCUCGGCUUGGCUGUACACUGCUUGGUACAGGAUUUUACAGUUUCCUAGGAAACGCUUUUUAUUGCUAUCCAGAUAUAUGGAUAAACUUUCUUAACAAUCCCAGUUUCUAUGGAUGUUGUUUACAUCAAAUUCUGGACAGGGGUAAGGAGACUGUCCAUGGCUCUUUAUAUUUUUUGUUUAAAGCCAUUCUAGACAAAGCUAUGGACAGUUGGUUGUGGCUAUUUCAGCUUAUUGGUUUCUGGUGAAUUCAGAUUUUGGCUACAAUUCUGCACAUCGAUUGUCUCACAAUGAUCCUCCUGUCAUUGUUCUGUUUCCUAGACCUACUUGUUAAAAAAAAAAAAAAAAGCAAGAAAAUCAGAGCUUAAGAGGUGUGCAUCUGGAAAGCAGGUACUCUGGGUGCUAAGCAGGAACACACGUAACGUCCCCUUCCUUCCCCAAUCAAGUCCCACUGAGCCUGUGUGGAGAAUAGCUGUAGGACAGUAGGGAAUGUAGGAUUGGAGUUAAUUUUCAAUUCACAAUGUAACAACACCCUUUCUACCCCUUUGCAAUACGAGGGGGCCAGAUACGCAAUUCAGAGUGGUUUGGGGAAGAAAAAGAAACCCAGAAAAAAAUAAAAAAGAGAAGUUGCUAUGAUAAUUAUUUACUAAUUAGUAUCUAGUGCAAGGACUAUAUUGAUUAUUAUUAUUAUUAUUAUUAUUAUUAUUAUUAUUACCAUUAUUACUUCAUUUCUAAUUUUGUCAGCAGCAGAAUUAUUCCUGGUUUUAUGGAACCUGUUGUCCCCUUCCUGAAGGUCUUCUAGGACAUGUCCCUUGAUAUGCUGUCUGUCCUUCCCUUCUCCAGCCAUCGUGCUCCUCCUCCAAAGUCCUCUGCUAGCCCACACAGGUUGCUCACCUCAUGUUAGCAUUGCUGUGCUUUGUGCCCGAUGCAAAGGUGGUAUAAACUGGUGACGCUCCGCUGAAGUAACUGAUCUGCACCUGCAAAGGUUGCAACCCAGCACCCCUCCCUAGGAUGUUUUGCACCACCUUGGUGCCUCCAGGUUGCUCCAAGAAGUAAUCCUGUGCCAAGUGACAGUGGCUAUGAACCACUGACGCCUCCCAGUCCAAAUACACGUAGACCACUGGUUCAGGAGCACGGGUGUAAGCAUGUGGAGGCACUGACAUCGACCACCUGAUGUGUACAUCCAAGGUGGGCCUCCGUAUGUCUUGUGUUGCUUUGAAGUGGUCUGAGAGCCAGCAGCUCCAGUUAGCUUCCCGCAGAGCUGCAGGUACUUGCUCUUACUGAAACCCACUGCUUCCCAUAACGUUUGUGGUGGUCAGGGCUACUGGGAGUCCUCUGCUGGGACAUUUCUGGGUGAGAUGCACUCGGUGGCUCUCCACAGGUAUUCCCAGGCUUGCUGCAGCCAGGGAAGCCUCUGCUGCGUAGGCCAGUGUAGGGCAACGGGGUGAAGUCGAAAUCCCGUGUACUGCGGUUUGCUGCCUUCUCAGCACUCCCUCUGCCGCCGGCACCUGGGCAGGGCGGUGCAGGUCCUUGCUGGCUGACCAGGGGGACCUUUGUCCCUCUCAGCCAUGUCCCUCUUGGCCACCACAAACAGGUGAAGUGGGAACUUGGCAAAAGGAGCGAACUCUUGCUUUUUUGGUUGUCACUGCAAAUGUUAUUUUAUUUUCUGCUCAGUGAAAAGACUGACUCUUUGGUACAUGACAGCACAUAGGACCGCAGUAGUUUUACUGCCAGGUUUGUCUGUUCUCUACUUCUGGUGCAAAAAAGGCUUUCUUCCCCAGCCUGGCCGCUCCAGGUUUCCAGCCAGGCCCUGGUUAUUGCUGUCGUGCACACAUGCAUGUCCCUGCCCACGCACGUAUUCCCACUCCGUGUGCUUCCCAAGACCGGAGUUGGUUUGUUUUCUUUUGUGUUUUUUGGUUUUGUUUUCCCCCAAGGCUUUCCAGAUUGCACCUUUAAAGGUAACUUUGAAAAUGUCAUUGGUCAAAAUGAAAGGAAAAUUUCAUCUGACCUUUUUCCCAUUUGACAUUUUCAUAGGCUUGGGACUUUUUGUUUUUAAUUUCUCAGCUCCCUGACACCAGCAGGGUUUUGACUGACCACUGGACAGCAAUCACAAAGCGCUCCCUUCCUCGUAAGAGGUAACCCGGCAGUUUGCAAACCAGCAUUUCAGUCAAAACCAGAGACCAGAGGACAUACAUUUUAACUUUCAACAUCUGUCUUCAUUUUGCCACAUAAACCCCACCUUCUCUUACUAUGGAGAUGCCAAGGGCAUCCUUUCAACAACAAACCAUCUUCUUUUUCACCUUGGGCAUCUGAUGCAGCCCAUUGCAAUGCUAAUGGAAAUCUUGCUUUGAGCUUCAGGAGGCUUUGACUGGGGCAACCAGCUCUGCCCUUUCCCUAUGUUUUUUACUCACCUUGGAGCUCUAAAAUGGCUCUUAAAAGAUAGGGCUCAGCUUUUCUCCCUCCUGUGCCAUCUUCAGGUGUAACCAGUUGUAUUUAGUUCAUGCUUCUUCACCCUUCCUGUGUGACUCCUCUUCCAAGGCAGGUGCAUGAGCUGAACUGUCCUUUGGCCCCUUCCCCUUUUCAGCUCAGUCUUUGUUAGCCGAUGCCCAGGCUCACUGGGACUCCCAGCUCUCAGCUUUUGCUUUUUUGGACAGCGCGUGCACCCUUCUCACCGCGGCCUUGCCAGAAAGUGUAUCAUAGUUAUCUGUAUCACUAUGAGUUGACGCUCCUUUUGCCAGCUCUCUGACCUAGCCCCCGAUGCCUCCCUCAAGAAAAACAGAUGAGCAUCUUUCUUAAAGUAUUCUGGGUCAUUUUCCUUUUACAGUGUCAGUGUAAAGGGGAUUUAUUGAGAGGAAAGGGCAUGCUCUGAUUAAGAGGAGCAUCCACAGAGGUGGAUGGAGGUCAAGAACUUCACUGCCAGCUAGGGCAGCGGCAUCACCAUUGCUGGGAGGUGGAGCUGCUCUUCUUCCACCCCAACUGCUCAGAAACCCCUCGCUUGCUCCAAGCACGGGCUAGACAAUUUCUCCAGACCCUGCUCCACCAGCCUUUGCAGGGUCCCAGUGCUGCACCAUGCCAGCUGCCUCCGCCCUGACAGGGCAGGGAGAAGCAGGGACUGCCGGGCACGGGGAAGUUUCCUCCACAGAGCUACACCUCAUCCCAGCAGCUCCGCACUCGUGCUUUGCCACCGCUACUAAUGACAGCUCCCACCUCACAUGACACUCCCCCUGCAUUAAUUUUGCUCAGUGUUUUUUUCUUUUUUCCAAGGGGUACAGCAGUGGCAGGGUGCGUGGCUGGGGAGAGGGCUCUGGCACAGGCUGGUGGUACGGAUUCCCUCGGCAUCCCCCAUCCUGCUGCCCCAAGGAGGGAGGGUGGGAAGCAAGGGUGGCCAGAUCUGCUCGGGAAUAUCAUUUUUGGUGGGAGAAAAACCAGCAGCAGUCCCUCCACCUGGCUUGCGUGGACACAGUGCCAUCUCGUGGGGCUGAGCCCUUGCUCCAACAUGCUGCCGCCGCUACAGCGAGAAACAUCACUCGGGAAAAGGCUUUCCCGUGGGGCAGCUCUUGAAAGUGGCAAAUAAGUUUGGCAGACAGAACCGACCCUUAAAAGUUGUUGUAACAUUUUAUGUCAGGUGAGCACAUCUGCUUUUAAAAAAAAAAAUGGCUGCAGGCUUCUUAUCCUCCAGUUAUUACUACUUUUUGAAAUGCUUAUCCUUUUAGUUGUCCACCUUCGGCUAUGUGCUGCAGCAGUUUUGCUGCUCUUCACACCAUCUCUUCAUUACAUGUUGAUUGCUAGCGCUAUAAAUAAUAUAUAUAUUAUAUAAAUAUAUAUGAAAUAUCUACUGACUUCAAGGAAAACCUCUCAUUUCCGAGUAAGAAACACUAUCAGAGGCAGUCCUUUUCACCUGAGUUUUUCUUCAGUUCUUCUUGUGUUGUGUUCUUGUAAAGGUGGCUGUCAGUGUAUAGGGUAAGUUUGGGGUUUGGUUGGGUUUUUUCUGAAUUUUCUGAUCACAGCUGAUCCAUUGUAUCUCCCUAAACAGUGCAAGACCUAAGUGCUGUUUUACUGAAUCACGAAAGUUUUGAGGCAGUGAGGGUCUCUUCAGUCAAGAAUUGCUUCCAUGGGAGACCGAGAUUCUUUUUUUUCCACAUCACUGGCAGAAAUGCAGACACUCAUGAGACAUGUUGGAGUCUGGGAUGCCCACAGAGCAAAACAUGUCUGUUCCUUGGGUUUCUUGCUAUUUCUGUUGAUUACAUAUAGAAUAAAUGUAUUUACAUGCUGUAAGUCCGUCAUUGUGGACAGUGUCCUAAUGUCUUGUAUUGCUACCUACAAUAGUUUCUUUUUGGUUCUCCUUUUCUUCUUGUUUUGGGGGGUGGGGGUAUGGGGAAGGGAGGGGUGGGGGGGCCUUUAGACCAUUGUAUGCUCUAGCCAAGUAGUUACCACAUCUCUGAGGUUAAUUUUAAACAAGAUGAUACUGUUGAGGUUGGGGUUUUUUUUAAUCUCAUGUCCAGGGCACUUUGCAAACUAUCUUACUAAGUGUUCAGAAGUCUUUUCAGGUAUUACUCUGGCUCUCAUCUGGCCACAAAGUAACUAAUUGUUUGCAGGCUGGCUUACUUAAUAUCAGGCGGUGCAAAGAUGCCAGUGGUUUGUGAAUGGAAACCAAACCUUUGGCCCUUUUCCCACAAGGACUCCAAUGAGGUAUUGACUUUGGGGUCACCACCGCAGUCCGUUCCCAGCUUGUGUGUGAAACCUUGAGUUCAUAAAAUGAACUGCACUGCAGAUUUUUAAAUGCUGAAGCAUGUAUCUCGGACACCCUUUGAAGUGGGAAUUUAACAGAAAUGCAAAGUGUAUGUGUGUAUGUACAUACAGACAGACAGGAGAAAAUAAAGGACAACUGCUGCUGGAGGCCUUUAGCUCUGAUGUUAGUUGUGAGCAUCCUCUUAUGACCAACUUUUGCUUGGGAAGGUGAAGGUCAAAAUUCAGUGCUGCAUCAUCACUGCAAGGUCAAAUAGGCAGUACAUCGAGAGCCAACAGAGUAAAAACUGGCAAGGAAUUAGAGUUGGACUUGAACCAAAGCCACAGAAAUGAGCCCUCAAGUUUGGUAGGUCAAGAUCCUUGCUUGAAAUAGGAGCAUUUAGUUUACUUACUUGUCCUUAAAGCUUGACACCUGCUCCCUGAAAUCUGAAAAUCCCUUUAUCUGAAAGUCCUUUGAUAAGCUCUGCCUGUACAAAAAAGCAGUGAUAAUCCAGAGUUCCCACAAACCUCCAUCACUGAAUAGGUAUUUCACAUUUUCUGUGAUGCUGGUUAAAUGUAUUUAAUAGUGGUUCAGUCUCCUUGACUGCUUACAGAGAUGAAUUGCUAUAUGUGUGCUGUACCCCGGGCCUGCCCUUUUCUCCAAAACCAACCCAUGCCAUGGCAUGCGCGUAAUUUCUGGAUGCCUGUGAAGAAGUGGGAUGUAAUCGGGCAGAGCCCUCCCGCAGCGGUAAGGUGGCUCUCCGAGUACUGGCACUCCGGUCUCCAGCUGCCGGCUUGCAGCUGGUGGGACAAUAGCCCCUAGAUGAGAAAAGCUUGCGUGGCCCCAAGAGCUUCUUUGGCUGCUGCCAGCUGGCUCUUGCUACAGCUUGCCAGUAAAUUUGGGAGCUUAAACAAUACAAAUAAAAAGCAAAAUCAGUCUGGAAAGUAAAGAAAAUUAGGAAGAAGGAGAAGCAAAACACUCUUCUCCCAUAGAUCUUGCAAGGCGCCUUGCAAAAACACCCCCCCAGCCAUGAGCCAAUAACCUACUUUGAAGCAGGGUGAGUAACACAACUGAGAGAGAGAAGUUUUGGCAUUACCGUUUUGGCACAUCUGUGUGGUAGACUUUUUUGCUAACACAUGUUCCGUCUGUUAAUGUUGAAGAGUGAAAAAAAAAAAAAGUUAAGAUGGUACCUUUGGUACCUUUCCAAAGCAAAGAAGGAGGGCCCGCAGGAAAUGAAACGUCUGCGCGACUUGGGCCGAGAGGGUGUAUCACGUUUCUCCCUCCUCUUCCCAUGUCUCAGCUGUGCCAGGGUUCAUGGGAUUUGUUUUCUUUACUAUUCAGAUCUGGAUAAAUAUUUUGGUUUUGACUUCCCUAUUGCUGUAUCUUCUAUGCAAUUCCUUUUCUAAAGACUUACUACCAGAGAAGUGCUAGCCAUUGCAUUAUUUGUAUUGCUGUACAGUGGAGGUGUGGUUUACUAGUUCUGAGUGUGCCUCUUAUCCCCCUCCCUUUUUCUCCUUCCCUCUGUUUGUAAAUGCCUGCAUUUAUUCUGUCAGCCUGACAUGUACAAAGUGUAAGAAAGAAUUUUUAAACAGGUAAUAAAUUAUAUUUAUAAGCAA